AGUGACCGCAAGUCUAGAGAGAGGAAGGGAAACAGCGAGAAGCAGCUGGAGCAAAGAGGAAGGAGGUCCGGGAGAGCCGAGGAAAGGAGGACAAGGGGACAGUUAGGGCAAAGGGCGGUAGUGGGCACCGGCGGGGACCCCAGGAGCCACUGGCCGCGCAGAGCCCCUUCUCCAGCCUGCAACCUUCGCGCGCACGGGCCGCCCCCUCCUCCCUCCCGGCCGCCCCUCCUCCGUCCCGCCCCCGCGCAGAGUCCCAAGCGCUGCAGAGGCCGCUGCCUGCACUGCCGCUCCCGGAGCUGCUGCUCGCCUGGACACGCUUGGAGAAGGACUCAGGUCGACCGCCCCAGCCCUUCCCUCCCUGUGACUCCUCAGCCACCACUAGACCGGUUCACUCGCUCCACCGUUCCCGCUGGGACCUUCACGGCCCCGUGACCUCCCCUCCGCUCCCCUGAACCAUCGCUCCCCUGCGGCCCCCUCCGCUGCGGAAACUUGGGCAGGACCGACGGGACCCGCGCGCGGGCUGGCUCCGGCACUGCGGCGAUGCCCGCGGGCCCUUUCCCCGCCACUUGCUCGCUCAGUGCAGGGGCUCGGGCCCCGACGGCUGCGCCGUGAGAUGACUUUCCGAGACCUCCUGAGCGUCACUUUCGAAGGACCCCGCUCGAACAGUAGCACUGGGGGCUCCGGCGCGGGCGGUGGAGCUGGCACGGCUGGACCCGAGGGCCCAGCGGUGGGCGGCGUGCCAGGGACCACUGGCGGCGGCGCUGUGGUGGGAACCGGCAGCGGCGAGGACAACCAAAGCUCCACGGGAGAACCGGGGGCUGCGGCCAGCGGUGAGGUGAAUGGCUCAGCGGCCGUCGGGGGACUGGUGGUGAGUGCACAGGGCGUGGGGGUGGGAGUCUUCCUAGCAGCCUUCAUCCUCACCGCUGUGGCGGGCAACCUGCUCGUCAUCCUCUCGGUGGCCUGCAACCGCCACCUGCAGACGGUCACCAAUUAUUUCAUCGUGAACCUAGCGGUGGCUGACCUACUGUUGAGUGCAGCUGUGCUGCCCUUCUCCGCCACUAUGGAGGUUCUCGGCUUCUGGGCCUUCGGCCGGACCUUCUGCGACGUUUGGGCCGCGGUGGACGUGCUGUGCUGCACCGCCUCCAUCCUUAGCCUCUGCACCAUCUCUGUGGACCGGUACGUGGGCGUACGCCACUCGCUCAAGUACCCAGCCAUUAUGACAGAGCGCAAGGCCGCUGCCAUCCUGGCUCUGCUCUGGGCGGUGGCCCUGGUGGUGUCUGUGGGACCACUGCUGGGCUGGAAGGAGCCAGUGCCCCCAGAUGAGCGUUUCUGCGGCAUCACCGAGGAAGUGGGCUAUGCUGUCUUCUCAUCCGUGUGCUCCUUCUACCUGCCCAUGGCGGUGAUCGUGGUCAUGUACUGCCGCGUGUACGUGGUCGCGCGCAGCACCACGCGCAGCCUCGAAGCAGGCAUCAAGCGGGAGCCUGGCAAGGCCUCCGAGGUGGUACUGAGGAUCCACUGUCGCGGUGCAACAGCUAGCACCAAAGGAGCCCAAGGGACGCAGAGUAGCAAGGGCCACACCUUGCGCAGCUCGCUCUCUGUAAGGUUGCUCAAGUUUUCCCGCGAGAAGAAGGCUGCCAAGACGCUGGCCAUCGUCGUGGGUGUCUUCGUCCUGUGCUGGUUCCCCUUCUUCUUCGUCCUGCCACUGGGUUCUCUGUUCCCGCAGCUGAAACCAUCAGAGGGCGUCUUCAAGGUCAUCUUCUGGCUGGGCUACUUCAACAGCUGUGUGAACCCGCUCAUCUACCCCUGCUCUAGUCGCGAGUUCAAGCGCGCCUUCCUCCGCCUCUUGCGCUGCCAGUGUCGCCGCCGCCGCCGCCUCUGGCGCGUCUACGGCCACCACUGGCGAGCCUCGACAGGCGAACAGCGUCCCGACUAUGUCCCCAGCCCGCGAGUCGCGCCCCCGGGAGCUCCCCUGGCCCUCACUGCACACUCAGGCCCUGGCUCCACAGACACGUCCGAGGCUCAGGCUCAGGUCUCCGGGCGUCGAAAGCCAGCCUCCGCCCUCCGGGAAUGGAAGCUUCUCGGGCCGCUGCAGAGACCCACGACCCAGCUGCGCGCGAAGGUGUCCAGCCUGUCCCACAAGAUCCGCUCUGGAGGCACACGUCGCGCGGAGGUUCCGUGCGCCCUGCGCUCGGAGGUGGAGGCAGUGUCUCUAAGCGUUCCCCAAGAUGGGGCAGAGGCUGUCAUCUGCCCUGCCUAUGAGCCAGUCAACUACAGCAAUCUCCGGGAAACUGACAUUUGAGGAUCGAGACCCAGGCUGGGAGAAGUGCUGGAGCCGGGAGUGAGGCGCGUUGAGGGAUGCUGCCUUUGGAUCCAGGACCUGGGACCGGAUCACUUCGUAGGUGGUGGGUUAUGGCGCCCCCUGCUGGACAUAGGUGCCCAGAUCGCUACUGGAAGUGAGACUGCGGGAUUCACUCUUCUCAUCCAGAUUGAAAAACUGCUUAGUCAGCUGCUCCUGAAGUCUAGGCAGAAGACUUUAGGUGGCCACUCGCCUUGGGGAGGAAGAGGUACAGAUUCGUACUCUGCUGCUCCCAGGAAGAAGAUCAGUGGCCACCCGGCGGAAGUCAGUGGACCUACCGUAGGACCUGCCAUACUGCGAGCUUUGGUGGCAUAUUGGAUGCCUGCCGUACAAAUCUGUUGUUUGUCCCCCUAGGCCCAGGGCCUCCUCCCCAUGUUCCUAACCUGUAUGCACCCUUCACCUGGCUGAGCCCUCACCAUUUCCCCCAGGGGCCUUACUGUUUACACUCUGUACAUAGUUCAUUGUGCCCGUCUGUGCCGAUCACUUCUCACUGGGAUUCCAGGCUGCCGACAGGGGAGAGCCAGCCUUAUUUAUCAUUUUGAAACCUAUUUAUUGGUAAGAGUACUUAUAUUUUGUUCAGACUGUGCAAACUGUCCAUCUUUGGCCUGUGAUUCAUAUAGAGCCUCCCUCUUCUGAAACUCUUAGACAACCACAGGAUAGUCUACGCUCACCUUGCUCGUUUUAUCAUAGCUGCCUCUCGGAUAGUUGCUGCCCUUUGGGGUUUGGGGGAAGGGUAGAGGUCAGAAACAUAUUUUGGGAGUUGGUUCUCUCCUUCAUCCUCGGGGGUCACUAUCCUUUGGUCAUUGUCCUUUGGAUCUUUUAGCAAGGCUAAAGGACUUUGGAGCUUUGUUGGCUUUUAAAAGUCACAGAAGCACAAACUUUCUUCUUGUCAGCCUCCCUAAAUAUAUCUGUGAUGCUCCAAGGGCCUCGGGAAACAUACUGGCUACCAGUGUAACUGGUAAGAGAAUGCAUAAAAUGAUGUA